UACCAGGCAAAGAUAAAACAGAGCACGCUCGCUCUGAAACUCCUUGUCUCUUGCUCUUCCCUCCUAUACCUUCGCCAUCAAAAUGAACGACGAUAGUGGUCCGCCGCGGUCCGCCGGUCUCCGGCCACCGGAGUUACCUCUCGAUCCAAUGGAAUUCCUUGCUCGCUCUUGGAGCGUCUCUGCUCUUGAAGUAUCACGAGCGGUUUCUCCUGCAGCUCCGCCGCCACCGGCGGCUUCCGGCGGAAUCAUAAUGGAGGAAGCUAUUGCUGAACAUGAAGAGGAGGUGGCACCGAUUCCGGCAGCCAUCGCUGGAAGCCCGUUCUCCUUCGCCUCAUCUGCCACUUCGCAGCUUGUUUUAGAGCGAAUAAUGUCUCAGUCACAAGAAGUCUCACCUUUGACCUCCGGUCGUCUCUCCCACAGCAGCGGCCCACUCAAUGGCGGCCAGAGCGGUGGCUCACUCUCCGACAGCCCGCCGGUCUCCCCUUCCGAUCAUGAUGACGUCAAGUAUGUUCGAGCAAUCAGCGCGGCGGCGAAGCCGCCGCAGCUACGUCCGGCCGCCGCUGGCGGCCGAACGGUCGGAAGAUGGCUGAAGGAUCGGCGGGAGAAGAAGAAAGAAGAGGCUCGCGCGCACAACGCGCAACUGCACGCAGCGAUCUCGGUAGCUGGAGUUGCGGCGGCGGUGGCCGCGGUGGCGACGGAAGCGGCUUUAGUAGCGUCGGAACGGCACGUGCGCGCGGCUCGCACGGACAUGGCCGUCGCAUCAGCUGCGACCCUCGUGGCUUCCCAAUGCGUCGACGCGGCCGAAGCCAUGGGCGCCGAACGUGACCACCUUGCGGCCGUCAUUAGCUCUGCCGUCAACGUCCGCACUCCUGGCGAUAUUGUCACCUUGACGGCAGCCGCCGCCACGGCCUUGAGAGCUGCGGCGACGCUGAGGGCGAGGGCGCUAAGGGAAGCUUGGAACAUAGCAGCAGUGAUUCCGGUGGAGAAGGGAGGCGUUUGUUCUCAGUUUGAUCAGAAUUGCCGAGUUCAGAAACAGCAGAAGAGUCCCACGACUGCUCUUGUAAGUGGUAAUUCUGGUUUGAGCGAUGAGAUUCAGCCUCAAGAGGAUUUCCUGGGCAUGUAUAGCCUGGAGUUUCUCGCUCGCGGAGCUGAGCUACUUAAACGUACCAGGAAAGGUUCUCUUCACUGGAAGAUUGUCUCUGUUUAUGUGAAUAAGAUGAGCCAGGUGAUGCUGAAAAUGAAGAGCAAGCACAUUGCUGGGACAAUUACAAAGAAGAAAAAGAGUGUGGUUGUAGAGGUGUGCAAGGAAGUGGCAGCUUGGCCUGGCCGGCACUUGCUUGAAGGUGGAGGGCAGCGGCGCUAUUUCGGCUUGCGGACGGCCGAGGGCCGAGUUAUAGAAUUCGAGUGCAGGAGCCAGAGUGAGCAUGAGAUUUGGACACACGGUGUUGCUCGCCUCCUCGACAUCUCUUUACAAGGAAAGCGUUGAACUCUACAGAACUUCCCUGAAGAGCUUGAUGUAGCAGAACUGCGGAAGGCUUGUUGGCAUCUUCCCUCACCAUGAAGGCUUGUUUUAUGUAUUAAAUGUUUGAUGAGAACCGCUUGCUAUAUGUCAACUACACAGUGAAUGGGGUUUGGUAUAUCAUAAUCUGUAAGAAGCUUUUACUACUGCUCUGCUCAAGAAGUUCUUUCCUGGCAUGUUAGUAGUGUAAUUUCCUUGAUAACUAAAAUGCUUAUGGUAAGCUUUUUCCUGUUUGCUAUUAAUAACAGAUACAUAUAGCCUGUACCCCUACAUGUAUUUAACUUGCUA